AUGUCUAGUUACGUUGGUGUUCUUGUCUCUGAUCCAUGGCUUCAAAGCCAGUUCACACAAGUGGAGCUUCGCAAUCUUCAAUCCAGGUUUGUUUCGACAAAAACUCGGUUUGGCCGUUUCACCGUGAGGAAUUUACCACCGGUUUUUGCAAAGUUGAAACAUUUCAGUGGCACAUUCGACGAGAAAAAGAUCAAAACCAUAUUGCAUGAGUCUUAUCCCAAUAUCAACAAGGAAGUUGAUUUCGAAACCUUCCUCCGAGCCUUUUUAAAAGUGCAAUCCAGAGGAGAAGGAGGAGGAUCAAAAGGGUCAUCAUCGUUUCUCAAGACAAGUACUACAACGUUUCACCAUGCAAUCAACGAAUCCGAGAGAGCUUUUUAUGUUUCUCAUAUCAACAACUAUUUAAGAGAAGAUCCUCUCUUGAAAAGAUAUCUUCCAAUCAAUCCUGCUACAAAUGCUCUGUUUGAUCUUGUUAAAGAUGGUGUUCUUUUGUGUAAGCUUAUAAAUGUAGCUGUACCUGGGACUAUAGACGAGAGAGCGAUCAACACGAAGAGCGAGCUAAAUCCAUGGGAGAAAACUGAGAACCUCUCACUCUGUCUCAACUCUGCAAAAGCAAUUGGAUGCAGUUUGGUUAACAUUGGAACUCAAGAUAUUACUGAAGGAACACCGCAUCUCGUACUUGGAUUGAUCUUUCAGAUUAUAAAGGUCCAAUUGUUGGCUGAUCUCAAUCUCAAGAAAACUCCACAACUUGCUGAGUUGGUGGAAGAAAACCAGGAUGUGGAAGAGCUUAUGGGACUAGCUCCUGAAAAGAUUUUGCUAAAAUGGAUGAACUUUCAUCUUAAGAAAGCUGGUUAUGAGAAAGAAGUCACUAACUUCUCUUCUGAUGUUAAGGAUGGAGAGGCGUAUUCAUAUCUGCUAAAUGCCAUUGCUCCAGAACACAGUACACAAGUGGCUUUAGAGAGCAAAGACCCAUCAGAGAGAGCGAAGAAAGUCCUUGAGCAAGCAGAGAAGCUAGACUGUAAAAGACACCUUUCUUUUGAAGAUAUAGUGGAAGGCUCUGCAAAUCUUAAUCUUGCAUUUGUAGCACAACUGUUUCACCAAAGGAAUGGAUUGUCUGAUGAGAGUUUGAAGACGCCUGUCUCUUAUGCUGAAAUGAUCACAGAAGAUGAAGAAACUUCUCGGGAAGAACGAUGUUUUCGCCUCUGGAUUAACAGUCUUGGUGCUGUUACUUAUGUGGAUAAUGUUUUUGAGGAUCUUAGAAAUGGAUGGGUUCUUCUUGAAGUUCUUGACAAAGUAUCACCAGGCUCGGUUAAUUGGAAACACGCGUAUAAACCUCCUAUCAAGAUGCCAUUCAAGAAGAUUGAGAAUUGCAACCAAGCUAUCAAGAUUGGUAAAGAACUGCGGUUUACGCUUGUCAAUAUAGAUGGUAGUGACAUUGUGCAAGGAAACAAGAAGCUUCUUCUCGCUUUCUUGUGGCAGUUUAUGAGAUACACAAUGCUCCAAAUUCUGAAGAACUUGAGAUCUCACUGGCAAGGUGAAGAAAUCACAGAGGCAGAUAUUCUAAGCUGGGCAAACAGGAAAGUCAAGAAAAUGGGUCGAUCCUCUCAAGCUAAGAGCUUCAAGGACAUGAAUCUAUCAAAUGGAAUAUUCUUUUUGGAGCUUUUGACUUCUGUAGAGCCAAGAGUUGUAAACUGGAGUCUUGUAACCAGAGGAGAAACAGAGGAGGAAAUGGUGUUGAAUGCAACAUACAUCAUAAGUGUUGCAAGGAAGCUUGGAUGCUCUAUUUUCUUGUUGCCUGAGGAUAUUAUAGAGGUGAACCAGAAGAUGAUGCUUAUAUUGGCUGCUAGUAUCAUGAACUGGAGCCUCCAGCACCAACAGUCAGACACUGAGUCUAUAGUCUCUGAUGACUGCUCGUUGACAGAAGAUCUCUCUACUUUGUCCACAGACGAUGGAUCAGAUGCCCAAAAUGUAUAA